GUCGCGCCAAAUGACGAUCGCCUCCGGCAUCAUCACUGCGGCGGCGCACGGUAUAACCGCACAAUUCGCACUCAUUCCAGGUUUGUCGCGUGCCUCGAGGUCAAAUCGGCGCGCGAUUAGCUCCGGCGUGAGGUGCGCAUUGCUCCCGCUGAGGAGGAGGAUUGAGAGCAGACGAUCGGUUUCUCUCUCGCUUGUUCUCCUCCAUUUCUUCGCUCUAUCUAAAGAUGCAUUGGGUGUGAGCGCGAUGGAUAGAUAUGUAAAAAGGAAAAGGCUUGAUCCGCUAGAGGCGUAUAUACCUGCUGUUAUAUUGACCGAGUUUCAGAUCAAGGAAUUAGGGCAAUAUCUUGAUGAUGAUCAACCUGAGUUUCUUAGUUGCCGGAAUCUCUUGAGGUCUGGUCCUGCUGCAUCUUUGCGCAUAAAUAUUCGAGCAGUUGCACAGUAUGCCUCUGAUGCUGGAAACGGCAAAUAUGCGUUUGAUGAGGUUGAUCAGUGCUUAAGAGCACUGGAAGAACUCGAUUCUCUUCUUCUACGGGCGUCAAGAAAAGAUUCGAGCUCCUCAGUCGAAGCGAUGAAAGCUAGAGUUGUCACCGCGCUCAAUGCACUUAACAGCCUUCUGAAAACUGUUCCGGCUGAGGUGCUGGAUAAGGGAAAGGCCAUGGCAGAUGCAUACAUGAAUCCAGGUGACGAUACAUCGCCCGAAACGCUCGACCCUCAGUUAAAGCAGUUGGAAUCAAUAUUGUAAUCUACAAGCUUUAGCUCUAAAAUAGAGGUAUGGAAACCUUGUACAGCCUCUCUUAAUCUAUUUUUGCCUAUAGAAGCUCUAGAGAUCACUAAAA